GUAGGGCUGAAGCUUUCAAAGCACGUAGGAUGAGGGAGUUGGUGUCCUGCGCUGCUGUAUUAAGUACUCGCCCGUCCCAUUAUUCGAACAGCAGUCAGAUCCAGUCUUCAAGCCAACCAAGUCGUGCGAUAGCCAGAAGCUACAAUGGGCGACUCCGACAUUCAUCUCUACACCACUUCAACGCCGAAUGGCAUUAAGAUAUCAAUAACUCUCGAGGAGCUGGGACUGCCGUACCAAACAACCAAGAUAGAGUUCUCGAAGAACACUCAGAAGGAGCCGUGGUUCCUUGAAAUCAAUCCGAACGGACGCAUACCGGCAAUCACGGACAAGUUUACUGAUGGAAAGACCAUUCGCGUGUUCGAGAGUGGCGCUAUUAUGCAGUACCUUGUGGCACGGUACGACAAGGACCACAAGAUCAGCUUCCCGCCAGGCAGCCGAGACUUCAUCGAGAUGACCAGUUGGCUCUUCUUCAUGAAUGCUGGCGUAGGCCCAAUGCAGGGACAGUCGAACCACUUCACCCGAUACGCUCCAGAGCAAAUCGAGUACGGCAUCAACCGUUAUCAAACUGAGACCAGACGACUCUAUGGCGUUCUAGAGAAGCAUCUCUCUGACAACAAAGUCGACUAUCUUGUCGGCAAUAAGUGCACCAUAGCUGACAUCGCUCAUUGGGGCUGGAUCAGCGCGGCCGGCUGGGCUGGAGUCAACAUUGACGACUUCCCAGCCCUGAAGGCGUGGGAAGAGCGCAUGUGGAGCAGGCCGGCUGUGCAAAAGGGUGCUAAUGUGCCUGAUCCAUACAAGAUGAAGGAGCUGCUGCAGGACAAGGAGCGGAUGGAGAAGCAUGCAGCGCAAAGCCGGGCUUGGGUGCAACAGGGCAUGAAGGAAGAUGCUGAAAAGAACCAAGCAAGGUCUGCAAAGGUGUAACCUGAGCGCCGGAGCCUGGUACCUUAAACAUCGUCUAUCAGAGUCGUGCAAGGGAUCGCAAUUCACGAGGCCACCUCGGCGCCUUCGGAGUAUUAGCCCCAGAAGGCCUCCUGCUUAUUCAACUGCCUUACUUUGAAGCCAGCCUCUUGC